AUGUCUUCAAAAUCAACCACCACGAAAAAAAAGACUCAACCGUCUGAGACUAAUGCUGUUACACCUGUGAAGAAAACGAAAAUUCCAAAGUCAUUCAUAGUAAGACCUCAAGAUGUAAUUCCCAGUGCGAAAACAGUCGCCAAUAUAUAUUUAAACUCCGAAGUGUUCGAAGCUUUGGAAUAUAAACCUGGUCAACUAGUCUCCGUAUCACCAAUACAAGGACAACCGGGUAUAAUAGCAACAGCACUUAUAUCAUCGACCCUAGAUAAGAAUGUUAUAGGCAUGUCAGAAGAAUUUAGGCGGCUAAGUGGAUUAUUAUUGGGAGACAGAGUGAGUAUCAUAUCCUAUGAUCAACAACCGCCUUAUGCUCAAGAAGUUGUUGUAAAUGGGGGAUCGACGGAUACAGAAAAGGUUUUACAAAAAGUGGGCCUCAUUUAUGCAGGCUUGAAGAUCAAUGGUUUGACAAUAAUUGAUAUUCAAGAUGCCAUUGAAAAUAAAAUGGAUUCAUUAUCAAUUUCAAAUUCAAAUUCAAGUGGACCAACAUAUUCCAAAUACGUAUCACCGCCAUACUUGUUUACAUCAUCGACCAAAGUUGAAAUCACACUAGAAAAGGAACCGUCUUUAGUUAAAUACCCUAACCUACCGAGAUUGAUGAAUUUUUCGCAAGUAGGAGGAUUAUCCAAACAAAUAGAUACAUUAAAAUCGACUAUAGAAUUACCUUUGUAUAACCCCAAUUUAUUUUCCGAAUUUGGCAUAUCACCACCAAGAGGCAUAUUAUUACACGGAGCUCCUGGAACUGGGAAAACGAUGUUACUACGAUGUAUAGCGAAUACAAUAGGUGCUCAUAUAUUGAGUAUAAAUGGUCCAUCAAUUGUUUCCAAAUAUUUAGGUGAAACGGAGAAUGCAAUCAGGGAUAUUUUUGAAGAAGCAACAAAAUAUCAACCAUCAAUUAUAUUUAUGGAUGAGGUCGAUUCACUUGUACCGUCGAGAAAUUCUCUGGAUACAGGAGAAACUGAAAGUAGAGUGGUCGCAACACUAUUAACAAUGAUGGAUGGAAUGAGCAAUACUGGUCGAAUAGUUGUGGUUGGUGCGACUAAUAGACCAAAUUCGAUUGAUAUAGCAUUGAGAAGACCGGGGAGAUUUGAUCAAGAAAUUGAAAUAGGAAUACCAGAUUUCGAAGCAAGAAAAGACAUUUUACAGAAACAAUUUGCUAAAAUGAAUAAAGAGAAGCAUGAAUUGUCUAUUAAUGAUAUAGACUCAAUAGCAGCAAAGACACAUGGGUAUGUAGGAGCUGACUUAACUGCAUUGUGUAGAGAAGCAGUUAUGAAAGCCAUCAGCAGAGGUUUGGCUGAAGGAAUUCCACAACUAGAGAUCAAAGUUAAACUAGAAGAUCUUGAUAAUGCAUUGCCUGAAAUAAGACCUUCAGCUAUGAGAGAGAUUUUCUUGGAGAUGCCUAAAGUUCAUUGGUCUGAUAUUGGAGGUCAAGAUGAAUUGAAAAGAAAACUCAUAGAAGUUGUUCAAUUACCAUUAGAAGCUUCUGAAUCAUUCAAAACUUUGGGAGUAAAUGCUCCAAAAGGGGUUUUAAUGUAUGGACCUCCGGGUUGUUCUAAAACCUUGACGGCAAAAGCUUUAGCUACUGAAUCUGGACUUAAUUUCUUAGCUAUUAAGGGUCCUGAAGUUUUAAAUAAAUAUGUUGGUGAAAGUGAAAGAACUAUUAGAGAAAUUUUUAGAAAAGCAAGAGCUGCGUCACCUUCGAUUAUAUUUUUAGAUGAAAUUGAUGCAAUUGCUGGUGAUAGAGAUGGAGAAGGUACGACUGCUUCAAAAAAUGUUUUGACUUCUUUAUUAAAUGAAAUUGACGGUGUUGAGGAAUUAAAUGGUGUUGUAAUAAUUGGGGCUACCAACAAACCAUCUGAAAUUGAUGCUGCAUUGUUAAGACCAGGCAGAUUAGAUAGACAUAUUUAUGUUGCACCACCUGAUCUUAAUGCGAGAUUACAAAUUUUAAAAAAUUGUUGUAAAAAGUUUAAUUUAAAAGAUGAUGUUGAUUUGAAUCAUUAUGCAUCAUUGACUGAUGGUUGUUCAGGGGCAGAAGUUACUUUACUAUGUCAAGAAGCUGGUCUUAAUGCCAUAAUGGAGAACAAAGAUGCAAAAACUGUGGAAAAUAAACAUUUUGAGCAUGCAUUGAAUGGUAUUUCAAGAGGUAUAACUCCUGAAAUGUUACGUUAUUAUAUAGACUUUUCUAAUAGAUCUGGUUUGAAUAUAUAA